UGUCCACCUUGGGGGAUUUAAUCGUUGUUGUUGUUGUUGGAGUUAAAGGAUCACAUCUCCAUAUUUAAACAUUUAAACAACUUCCAGUUAAAGUCAUUAAAACACAAGAUCAAAAAUAGAGGUUGUAAGUCACCCUACUGUGAAUGACGGCGUUUCGAAAUGGAUGUGUUGGUGUUGUGGGAGCAGCAUUGCGCUCUAGUUCAAUAAGACGGGCUUCAAGAAUUACUGUCAAUCAGUGUGGAACUUUGAAGUGUCAGCAGCUAUUGCCUCUGCAUCAUUCACUAGGUAUCAGGAAGAAUCCAUAUGAAACAGUAACCAGAAAUAUGUCUACAAUUCGUCACUUGAAUCAGCAAGAAGCUAUCAAUGUGGAUUUGGAGUUGUUUAAUGAAUAUCAGUUUAGUGUGGAUCAACUGAUGGAACUGGCAGGGCUCAGUUGUGCCCAUGCUAUUGCUGAGGCCUAUAGUCAUGAGCCCAACAAAAGUGUGCUGGUGUGCUGUGGUCCAGGGAACAAUGGUGGUGACGGUCUUGUAUGUUCUAGGCAUCUCAAGUUACUGGGUUUUUCUCCCGUGAUUCUGUACCCUAAGCCAACUGAUAAGCCUCUCUUCAAGAACCUGGUGAAGCAGUGUCAGAUGUAUGAUAUACCAUUCAUUUAUGAGAUGCCAGACGUAGAAGCUCUAAACAGGAAUUAUCACAUAGCAGUUGAUGCUUUAUUUGGAUUCAGUUUUAAGCCACCAGUAAGACCUCUGUUUACUCCUGUCUUGAAAGUUCUCUGUCAGACUUCACUGCCAGUGGUGAGCAUUGACAUACCUUCAGGAUGGCAUGUAGAAGGAGGUCCUUCAGCUGACACUGAUGCUCUAGCACCAGACAUGCUUAUCUCCCUUACUGCCCCCAAACUGUGUGCUAAACACUUUCAAGGCCGGCUUCAUGUGUUGGGUGGACGCUUUGUACCAGCACAAAUGAGUGACAAGUAUCAACUGAACCUUCCAGAGUAUCCUGGCACCAGUCAAACUGUUGUACUGACAUCAAAGAUAUAGAAGUACUCUCCUGUAUUAUGUAGGGUCCUUCAAUAAUUUCACUUGCUAUUGAACAGAAUAAUAAAAUGCAUACCUGGUACAAGACUUAUAUCCCCAGUACCAGUAAAUUCCUUCACCUAACAAGAAUAGCAUCGGUUGUUUGGGUGAUUGGAAAACACUUGAUAUUUAUAACAGUCUUUCAUUAACUUAGUAUGAAGUAUAAUAUGAAAAAUGUAUCAAAUUUGUGUUUGUAUACAUUUGUACAAUUGAUUUAUAACUGUACAGAUUUAUACUACAUAAAAUUCAAAUAAAAGUUUAUUAACCUAAUUUUUUGUGUUAUAAUACAUACUACAUUGUGUUCUUAGCUUUUGAUGGUAACAAUGGAUAGUUCAGUACAGUAUUGUAUAUCAGCUCAACAGAGUGUACAAUAAAAGCUUAUUUUC